AUGACUACUAGAAUUCGCGUCAACGGAAUCAAUGUCGGUCGUCAGGUGGAUAUCGCUUCAGAGGCCCACAAUCGAUUGGUCAAAGACAGCUGUAUUUACUUUGGAGAGCAGUUUCAUUUACAGGGACUAGUUGAGAUUGAGUUCUUGGCAUCCAACAAUAUGCUUCACAUACGGGCACCAGAGCGCUAUAUGGUCUCAGUAAUCUCACGGAGAACGUAG